AUGACCAAUAACCACAAUCAAAACAAAAUCAUUAACCACCACCACCACCACCACAACCAACUCCUCCCGUCCCCGACCACCACCACAACCACAACCACCACCAACCGUUCCAAUUCUUCAACCAUCACCACCGCCCGUUCAAACUCCACCACCCAAGCGUGUGCCGCCUGCCGCUACCAACGACGGAAGUGCGCUCCGGACUGCAUUCUCGCACCAUAUUUUCCGCACGAUCGCCAGCGACAAUUCCAAAACGCUCAUAAAUUAUUCGGUGUUAGCAACAUUACGAAACUGAUUCGUGAUCUUGAUCCUCCCCAAAAAGACGAAGCUAUGCGGACGAUUAUUUACCAAUCGGACGUCCGUGCGCAGGACCCCGUCGAGGGGUGUUACCGGAUCAUCCGGGAACUCCAUCGCCAAAUCGAAUAUUCUCGAGCCGAGCUCGAGAUCGUUCUGCAUCAGCUGGCAAUUUGUCGAGCACAUGCCGUGCAAAAUCAAAACCAAAACCAAAACCAAAACCUCCAUCAUCAUCAUGAUCAGAUAUUAAUCGAUGGUGUAGACUGUGACAUUCAUCUCGUUAGCAAUCCAGAUGAUCCACAGUUAUACGACGAUCUGGAUACCGAAAACGUUAAUCAUCAUCACAAUCACGGACUUGAUCUCGACCUGGGCCAAAUAACGCAACAACAAGAACACGAAGAUCAUAAUGUGCAAAUUCACAAUAAUAAUCAUGAUCAAGAACAGUAUAUUUUGGGACAACAGAAUUUGAACGAUCAGGAUGACGGUUGCGCAGAUGAUAACGUUGCGCAGCUCCAAGAGAUAAAUUCAUGGGCGGCCACCAUGAACAAUUCGCCGCCGAAUUCUUCCGCUAUUUGCGUGGAGGUGAAGCCGCAGGUGGAUGAAUGUGAGGAUUUCAAACCGCUUAUGAUCAACGAGAUUCCGGAUGGAGACAGACAUGAAUUUAAAUUUGAAUUCGAUGAGAUUAACGAACCCAGUGAGGAGACUCUUUUCAAUGAAGGAAAUCAGAAAACGUUGAAUAAAGAAGAGAAUGUUUCAUUCUUCACAAAAGAAGAAGAGAAUGUAAAUGUAUCCUACCAACAACACAAUGAAGAUCAUGAUCUCAAGGGUGCUGCUACUUUGUUUACUCUCACAAAUUGUAGCAGCUACUAACAAACAGAAAACACUCAGGAAAACAAGAAUUUUAUAGUGUUUUUGAGACCCAUGUUCUUGCUUCUUCUCAUUAGCAUAUAUAGAUACAGAAACAUGAAUAAGGAUUGGGGAAGUUGAUCUGGAUCUUAUUACAUUAAUCUUCCCAAAUUCAUAUUUGAAAAUCUUGAAGCAAAAAGAAGCAGAUUUGGAAACUGCAAUCAAAUGGAACAGCCAUAAAAGGGUAUGGAAAUUGGAAGCAAAGCAAAAGAAAUCUCUUAAGGCAACAGAGAUUUUCACCAAAAUGUAGCAGCAAUGAAGAGGAAGAGACUGAUAAGGCAUGAAAAUUGGAAGAGAGGGAUAUAAAAUUAUACAUAAUAAGGAAAACUGGCGGAAUUUUGAUUCAAGAGGUAAGAUGGAGACUCAAGGAUAGACGAUUUUGGAUUUAUAUAUUUAUUUAAGGCAGUUGUAAUCGAACAAUCUUUAUUUUGUUUCAAGUUAGUUUUAAGUUGAGCUAAUUUUCUUGUUUUUUCCUUUACGCAUCUCAAUGUAUGCUCUGAAAGUGAUUAUGAGAAAAAUAUAAAUAUAUAUGCAUGAGUGCAUGCAUAUACGAUUUUGACAUGGAU